AUGGCGGAAUCCAGCUGGAACCUGGCUAGAGUGUUUGCCUUGCUCACUAUGCUUUAUUUCUUCUCUUCGGUAUUAUUUACGACAUGCCAUCUCUUAGCGAUACCCGUGCAAGGGUGUAUCUUAUAUCUCGUCGAAGCCUUCAUCUCGCCUUUCGCCAAGCAAGUCAUUCCUGAUCUGCUCACUUCGGGACCCAAAACAAUACCGACAGAGCUCAAUAGAUUCCUUUAUGAUCUCGGCUCGCCUUCCCAUGAAUCUGGUGCUGGUGUCUUCUGGAACGCGUCUCAGUCAAGCACAUCAAUUCGCAUGUCGGAAAAAUUAUUCCUCUCCAAAGCCUUCUCAAAUUCCAUGCAUCCCAGUAGGAUAGUUCCGUUCUUCUAUCGUGCCAACGGUCGUUUCGAUGCGGAAGACAUCACAGUGACGACGCAGAUAACGAGCAAUCGUCUCCAUGUCUUCGAAAGGUUGGUAAGACAUUACCAAGGACCUAUCUCAGUCACUAUACAUGUCAAAAACAACGCCCUCCACAUACACGAUUUUCUCGACUCCCUUCACUCGCUAUACACGUCUACACCGCUCAUGGCUCGCAAUGUCGAUGUACAUCUUGCCAUAGACUCCUUCGAUCGUCAAUUCAACACUUGGCGCAACAUUGCCAGGUUCUUUGCAAGCACGGACUAUGUGAUGAUGCUGGAUAUAGAUUUCUUCUUGUGCACGGACUUUCGUAGUGCCAUACGAGCGAGCGGAUCCGUUAUCAAGAAGUUGCGCGAAGGGAAUUCUGCGUUUGUCAUUCCGGCUUUUGAAUAUGUUGAUCAUUCGGAGGGGGUAGACUAUACUAAUUUUCCGAAGGACAAAAAGGCUCUAUUGUCCCUUGUAAAGGAGGGCCGGAUUUCGGCAUUCCACGCUAUCUGGGAAGCUGGUCACAACAGUACUGACUAUGCAAGGUUUUAUUCUGCACCUCCCGGAGAAGUUUACAGAGUUUCAAAAUAUCAAGCAGCUUAUGAACCCUACGUUGUCUACAAGAAGGAAGGCCCGCCUUGGUGCGACGAACGAUUCAUUGGGUAUGGCGGAAAUAAAGCUGCCUGUCUGUUCGAGAUGUAUCUCUCCGGGAUAACAUACUAUGUACUCUCCGAUCACUUCAUAAUCCACCAAAACCACCUAUAUGAGGAAAAGGCCCGCAAAAACGAGAGAAUAUUCAACAAGAAAGUCUACAAAGACUUCAAGGAGGAAACGUGUUUAAGGUACCUCAAACAUUACCGUGAAGUGGGGUACCUCAGCACCCCGCGGGGCUACAACCUCCAGGAUGAAUGCCAAAAGAUCAAUGCUAUUUCUGGAUUUGCUGCGGAGAUUAUCGGGGACCUGUAG